AUGAGGUACAGAUUAGUUGCUGUUAGCUUGGAAUGUGUAUGUCUAAAUGAUACAGAAGAUCUGACAGAAAUAGAGAGUACAGGGCUUAGUCAGAGUGGUGAAAGAAAGAGCUGCCUGAGAGUGCCCAGCUGUCCUGGAAAUUCGUCCAGUGUCUUUCUUGUUGAGGGUCCCUUUAUAGCAGAGGUCAAGGCCACUGUUAAUGUAGACCACGUCAUCGUAAACAGACCUGUCGUCAUAGAAAUAGUCGUGAAAAUUCCAAAACUUCUAAAUAUAUCCAAAGGCUUGGAGAAUCAGACACAGUUCUCAGAGUUGAACAUUGAGUGGAGUUUUUCUGACUCUGGUGAAAGUAUCUCAACCAUAUCUCACAGUCACAAUGAAAGUAUCUCAACCAUAUCUCGCAGUCACAAUGAAAGUAUCUCUACUGAAGCCCAGAGUCCUGUGACUUAUCAAAGAGUACAACACACCUUCAGGAACUCUGGACCUCAAGUUGUUGAUGUCUAUGUCAGCAACAGACUAUCUGAACUUUCUGCCACCUUGUCCAUCAAUGUCCUUGAACCUUCACCUCAUGACCUCGAGAUCGUGAACUUUGUUGACCUUUCUGAUCAGCCUUCCUGUACACCGGAGGGGUAUGAUGUCCCAGUGGAGGCUCAGUUCUUCUCCGUGUUUCGGGGAGCUAAUUUCUCAUUAGAGGUGUCCGUUUCUGUGGGGGAGGAUGUGACCUUCUUCUUUGAGGAGACGAAGCUCGGGAUUAAGAAGGUCAAACCAGCGGAUUCUUGCAGCAAUGGCUGUUCAUUAAAACAGUGGUUUGUCGUCCAGUCUUUAGGAGUACAUCAGUUAUGGGUCACUGCGCAGAAUCACUUUGGCAAACAGACCAAGUCCAUUUAUGUGGUUGUGAUACAGCGGAACCUCUCCAAUGUCAGAUUUUCACUGGCAGAUUCAGAUUCUCGAGUUGUGCCCUCUGGGACAGUGGUAAACUUCUUGAUCCAGGCUGAAAUUCACAGCAGGUUCAAUUCCACUCUGAUCAUAGAUGUUCUGGAUGGUCACACACACAGAGCCUUGUUAGAAGAUACAGAGGGACAGACGCUGGCCUUGAACUGCACCCUGGGAGAAAUGUUCGUGACCACCACCUACGGCAUUGGCUGUCUCCUCAAUAUUAGAUUUGAACAUGCUUUUGAAAAAGAGGCAGUGUACAGACCAACAGCGAGAAUAUUCAGUAGUAAUUUUUCUGAAAUUGUGGAGCUGGAUUCUGAAUUGCUGGUCAUGAAACGCCUUGGUUUUUCCCAAAUCAUCUCUCCUGGAAUUUGCUCUGUUGGCCAAGCUUGUGAGUUUGACUUGCAAUGUGAACCAUUCUCGAUAUUUGCAGAUGUCACAUGGACUAUUUCUAAAAAUAACAACUCUGUGGAUGUUGUCCAAGGCUCGUUAAAGCUGAGCUAUGUUUUUACUGAGCCAGGUUAUUACCAGAUUUCUACAGUGACUCAGAAUAGCCUCAGUACUGUGACAGAGUCCACUAAUGUCCAUAUAUUAGUUCCUCUGUCAGACCUGUACGUCCAGUGUGAUGGUGGACCUGUGUACCCAGAAUUGGAACUUAUUCUUUGCCGAGCUGAUGUAAUGGGAGGCAGUAAUGCACAGUUCUCAUGGAUUGUCCACCCAGAAAUUCAGCCAAUCACAACAGAGAUGCCAGAAAUUCAACCAAUCAGCACAGAGAAUACAAACCUUUCAUCAGAGGCAGUAUUCACAUUUCAGCACAAGGGGUUAUACAAUAUCAGCAUUACUGCGUACAACAGAGUUAGUAAACUCACAAGUUAUGCUGCCCGUCUUGUCCAUAUACAGGAGAAGAUCCAGUGUGUCGUAAUGAAGAGGGAACGGUCUGUGUAUCCCAGGGGUGUGGUCAGGGAGGGAGAAGUUACUCUAUUUCUGGUGAAAACUUGUGGGGGGAGUCAUGUGAAGUUAGAAUUUGAUCUUGGGACAGGCAGACAGACAGCCAAAGUUCUGUACAUAAAAGAAGAAGAUUUGUAUGAAGUAAACUUCCGAUUCUCAAAAGAGGGACUGCAUACUGUGGUUGUUUUUGCAUUUAAUGACGUAUCUGAAGUCCAGUUUUCAACUCGCGUGUUGGUCCAGCGGCAGAUUAACGGAUUAUCCCUGGAAAUGAACCAGAUUCAGCCCCAUGUGAACUCUCCUCUCGUAUUUAAGGUUACUGAAGAAGGAAAUGUCUGCAGGAGAGAUGACCUGGUGUACACGUUUACAUUUUCUGAUGGACAGGAAGUGAUUAGUGGAAGUCCGGCUGUGUCCAAAGUGUUUAACCAAUCAGGAGUUUUUUCUGCCAAUGUUACAGUUAACAACUUAGUUGACAGUGUGGUUCUAUUUAUGACCUUCACAGUGAAGGAUGAUGGGAAUUACCCUGUAACCUUGUCCAAUCCAAUCUUCAGUGCUGUAAAUCAAUUAAUCAAAUUCAGAGUUCAGGGUGUGGAUGUCGAGGCGUUCAAUAUAGAGGUCCACUUCGGAGAUCAAGAUGAAGCAGUUAUUGUAUCUUCUACCCAAUGGGAGCACACUUAUGACAAGCCGGGUAUUUAUGAAGUGUCGUCCAUAUUACACACAGUCAGCCUGGGAAAUCUAGAGGUCAGCAGUGUAAUCAUCAUCCAGGAAAAACUGCAGGACGUGACCAUCAGGGCCCCGAGUGUCAUCAAAAUAGACAGAAUAUCCAGAGAGCACCUUUUUGAAGCGGACAUAACCGUUGGUGGAUCCCAGGUUUUUACAGGGGGUGGAUCUCAGGUUCUGUACUUCUGGUCCUUAGACAAUCGUCAGUCCCCUGCCAGCACUGUCAACUGGGUUAUUGAAGAAAUUGAUCAGCCCGGUACAAGUGUACUUACAGUGGGUGCCCAGAAUGACCUUGGAGAUAAAUUAUUUGCUGUACAGGAAGUGAAGAUUCAGUUUCCUCUACUGGAUGUGACCUUGACAUCAGUCCCCACAGUGGAGGGGCGUGUCUGUGACAUCACAAUCAGGAUAACAGGAAGUCAGGACAUCGUGUUUGAUGUUGAUUUUGGUGAUGGGAUACAGGUUUCAUUAUCUGAUGAUGAUGUAGAUAUUGUUAUGGAUACCACCUCCAGCUCCUAUCUCCCCACAUACACCACAGUCCUCAAACACCAAUAUGAUCUGAAAGGUCAAUACAAGGUCAAGGUCAAUGUGUCAAAUGAUGUCUCCUGGGUAACGGGUGAUGUCACGGUGAUGAUAGGAGAGGCUAUCGGGGAUGUAAAACUGGAGAUCCUCUCCCCCCACAGAGAGCUGCCCCCGGUCUAUGUGGUGUCCUUGAGUGAUCCUCUGACGGUCAGAGUGACCGUGGGCAGGGGAGAUAACUUAACCUUCACCUGGGAUUUCUCCGAGUAUUCUGAUGGAGGCACUAAGGACCAGUUAGGAAAUGAGAGUUCCAGCACAGCUACCUAUGCCUUCAGUAUGACAGACAUUUUCCCUGUCUCAGUCAGUAUCAGUAGUCCAUACUAUCCGAUACCUCAGGUAUUCCCAUUUAAACACAAGUUCAAGGUCGUCCAGGAAAUCCAGGGAGUUUAUCUUGAAGUGGAGGGAUCAGAGAAGAAAGGAGCCGCCCUGAAACGAGUGAAUGGAAAACUACAGACAGAAGAAUUACACUUCCUAGCAAGUUGUGAAAAGGGGUCCCACAUUGCUUUCAAGUUUGAUUUUGGAGAUGGAGCCACAACACUGGUACAAGGGAGGGAAGAAAUGUUCCUUAACUACGUGAAAGGAAGUGCAUCUCACAGGUAUACACAAGAGGGAGUGUUUAAUAUAACAGUGACAGCAAUAAAUCCCCUUGGCAACAGAACAACAACACUUGACAGGCUGUUCUAUGUACAGGCAUCCCCCUUUGGAUUGAAGCUGGAUAAAUCCAUCUACUACACAAAACUUGGUGAUGUCACCAUUAUGCAUGCUAACUACUCACAUGGUACCAAUGUGACAUUUGAUUGGAAACUUGGAGACCAGACUGAUAUACUCAGUGACUCAGGUUCAGUGGUGAGACACACCUACCAGACAAGAGGGGAGUUCAGGGUAACGGUUAUAGCCAGGAAUAAGGUGUCCUCCCAGACAGAUCAAGCUAUGGUAGUGGUCCAAAGUCUUAUACAGGGGGUGAGGUUGAUAACAAGUGCCAACAUUACUGAGACAAACCAGGUCAUUAAACUAAGAGCUGAGACUUUACCAGAACAAGGUCUGGGUACAUAUCAUCACUGGAACCUGGGAGACAACCAGAAAGGUGUUCAGACGACUGAACCAGAGAUUGACUACCGAUACAGAAGGAAUGGACGGUUUAUUGCCACGGUAAAAGCUUACAACAACAUCAGCCAGUCAGAAUCGGUCCCUGUAGAAAUCACAGUCCUCUCUAAGGUAAAGAAUCUGGAGGUCCGCUGCCUGAACGACUCACUCGUCAACACAUCACUGGAGUUUGCUGCCUUAAGUUACUCUGGCUCUAAUCUAACAUAUAUCUGGGACUUUGGAGAUGGCACCCCUCCCCUACAGUCCACAGUCAGGGGGCCACAAGUCAGACAUACUUAUGUCAAUGUUGGCCAGUAUUUUGUGACCUUGACAGCCUAUAACCAGAUAAGUAAUGAGACAGACAGGAUAGAACUGUUUGUACUGGAUCGAGUUUGUAAACUGCCCAAGUUUGAAAUCCACAGCAGAGAUGUUAAGAAGAUUAUUCAAUCAGACAGGAUAUUUUUUGAGGCCGAGAUAACUCGACUUCACUGUGAGUACACGAGUGAGAUUGAGUAUCAAUGGAGCUUUGUGAAGACACUCUCUAACACUCCUGUGUUGUUUGAAAACAUGGAUCCUUCCCAAUUCCAGCACCGAGUCCUUAAUCUUCCACCAAGGUCCCUAGAACCAGGAGAAUAUACUCUUUCACUUAUGGUAAAAUAUAGUGGUACAAUAGUAUAUGCUACAAAGAAAACACAGUUUGAGUUGGUAUCAGCUCCACUGUCUGUCCACAUAGACGGUGGGGCCUUCAGACGAGUCGGUCGCUCCGGGAACGUCAUGCUAAAUGGAACAAAGUCUACAGAUCCAAACUCCGAGGAUUCAUCUCAGUUACGGUUUAACUGGACGUGCAGUGUAAGUCUGACCAACAUUGAGGAAUCAUGUUUCCUUGACCACAAGACUUUAGAUACGACUAAUCCAGUGUUGACGUUUCCAGCUGCUUGGUUAGAGACAGGAAAACAGUAUCUCUUCAUCUUGAAUGUCUCCUCAGAAGGGCUGGCUUCCCAGAAUAGGACACAAGUCAUAGAGGUGGAUUCCAAAAAUACCACAAUAGAUGUCGGCCUUAGAUGUCCUCUUUGUCAGCGUGAUGUCAUAGAUGAGAAUGAACCAAUCAGGAUUGAAGCAGUGUGUCCCGAGUGUGUGGGUCAGACUGAUAUCAGCUAUGAGUGGAGGUUGUGGUUUGUUGAAGGAUAUCAUGGUAUAGAGCCGCAGGAACCAAAGACGUGUAUAACAGCAGGGGAAUCUCAGUUUGAACUUCUAAAGAAGUCUAACCGAACAGCCAUUAAGUCAACGACUGACCGCACUACCACUGUUAUAGGAACAACUACCAAAGAAUAUAAAACAGAGGUCAGCACCAUGUCAGUUUCCACGACAGACGUAUCACUUAACCUUGACCCUGUGAUAAUUGAGGACAGGUCAUCAAAGGACAGGGUCAUCACCAAUGGCAACAAGGCAGAAGACAAGCUGGAUUCAGACUUUCCCUUUAUCUCUGAGAACACUAAAGAUGUUGGUAGACGUAAACCAGGGCUGACAAAACAAGACACAGGGAUGGUGUUUCCUGUGGAGGGAUCCCCCGGGGAAGUGGGCAGUUCUGACGGCAGGAUUCCAGGACAAUUAGAUAGCAUGGGUGAAGAAGAAAGCAGGGGUCGUGAUCCAGGACAGAAUAAUGGAGGAGGAGGGGGUCGUGAUUCAGACAAAGUUAUUGAUAACGAAGGACAAAACCCUGUGAUGAGUGACACCAUUGAUCUGCUGAUUAAUAGAAGAGCUAGUAUGAAGAUUAUAAGGGCACACCAAAUAGCCACACCCACCAACUCAAGGUCACUGGUCAUCAAACCAUACCAGCUAUCAGCAGGAAGGGCAUAUAUAAUCUCUCUCAAAGUCAAGAAUGGUCAGAAAACUGGAAUGGCAAAAGAGACAUUCUACGUGAACUCAGGGCCAAUAAACGGGGACUGUGAGGUGGCUCCUCUCUCAGGGGAGGAGUUUAAGACAGAGUUCAAGGUCUUCUGCAGAGAAUGGCAAGACAAGCAACAACCUAUUCAGUAUCAGGUGACCUUUGACCUAGGCAGUAACCAAUCAGAAGUGUUCUUGUACCGGGGCCUGAAAAAGAGUUUGCUGUUUACAUUACCUGCUGGCUUACCUGAAAAUAAGUUUAAAGUUUUCCUGAAGGUCUCUGUGCUGGACGGACGAAAUGCGGCAGUACGACACUGUGUCACCUCCAUCACAGUUAGACCAGGCACGACCCCCACAAGGACCAGCACUUCGGCCGGAGAAUAUCAAGGUCACAGCAGAUCAGGAAGUGAAAUCGCGAGAGCAGACGACAAAAUAUCUGAGAUGAAGAAGAAAUAUGAUGCCAGUUUGUAUAAAGAUGACAGUCAGACCAGACUCUUGACUCUCUACUUAGCCAUGCUUCUGAACAAGGGAGAUCACUCUGGACAGUACAAGGGAGAUCACUCUGGACAUAGAAGUCAAUAUAAGGGAGAGAAUUCUGGUUAUGGUUCAGGACAUGGGAGUCUUCAUCAGCAAAUACUGAGGAAUCUCUGGAGUCUUCCUGUCCAGGAUGAAGUUGAAGUGCUUCAGACAUUGCAGGCUUUGGUGCAGCUGACCUCAGAUUCACAUCAGAUGAGUAAGGUAUCCCUCAGUAUGUCUACAUCAUUACUACAGAGCCUACUGGAGAAAUCUGUGACCUUGUACACUAGGAGACAGUCCCCCAUACAGGGCCUCCUGACCUUGGCGGUGGAAGCAGGGUCAAAUAUUGUCAAGGCCAUUUCCAUGGCAGCCAUUUCUCGAACAGAUCUGUGGUUCUUCAGAGAGAAACUGGCCCAGAGUAUAAACGCAUUGGAAAGAUUUGUCAGGAAUGAGUUAGCGUAUCACAUGGUUGGAGAAUCACCAAUCAGAACAAAGGAAUCUGCUUACAUAUCAGCACAGGCAGGACUGUUUGAAUUCCAGGACACAUUCACGCUGAAAAUUGGCCAAUCAAAAAUCAUGUUACCAAAACAACUCGCAUCCCUGAGUAACAUACAGAAUAGAACAAGGAUUCCUAAUGAGAACAGAGUUACUUCCCCUGAAUUGCCUUCAGAAACAACGCGUCUGGUUGAUUGUGUUAGAGUAGAGUUUCUUAGAUAUCACACAGAUCCUUUCCAGUUUGUUCAAAAAGGAGGCCUUAGAGUUAACACUGAAGUAACUACACUGAAUGUUUAUGAUUGUCAUGGUAACAGCUUAAAAAGUCUCCACGAAGAUGACCCAUUGACCAUUCAGUUACCAAGGCGACAACAGAAGAUUCCACAGGAGACAGUGUAUCAGCUACAUAAAUCCACAAUGAAUGUUCACCAAUUCAACUUGACUAAAAGCAGCAUCCAGCAAACACUGCACAUACACAUAAAGAUGGUGCCAGAGACUCGCGGCAGGCUUUUCCCAACAGCUCUUCUCAUUGGAUACAAGAACCAUCCUACCCCUCAGAGGUUUCUCCUGAAAAAAGAAACUCCAGCUACAGAAAAUGAAAUCCAGAUGUUUUUACCUGCUGGAUACUUCAAUGUUUCAGGAGAGUACUAUCUUGGUUUCGUGGAUGCUAAAUAUAACGCUGGUAGACCACGCCCAGGGGAGGUACAAAGUCGUAACUACACACUACAGAUAUGGCACACACAGUGUCUGUAUUGGCAGGAAGACGAAACCCACUGGUCACAUGACGGUUGCUGGACAACCGAUAAAUCAACGUAUCACGUGACUCAUUGCAGAUGUAACCAUCUUUCCACGUUUGGAGCGUUUUUUGGAGAUACAGCGCCUGUGUUAACUCUGAUUCCUGUAGAGACUUUCUUUGAAGCCAAUAAGAACUCUGUAUGUAUCACUAUCCUGGUGAUGGCGUUGGUUGUGUACUGCAUACUUAUGGUGGUCUGUCAUAAGAUGGACCAACACGAUGCCAGAAAGGGAGGUAUUCUGUAUCUCAGAGAUAACGCUGUAAGUGACCAACAGAAAUAUGAGAUCAUCGUAGAGACAGGCUUCCGGAGGGGAGCGGGAACGACUGCAAAAAUAAGCAUCAUUCUUCAUGGCGAAGAAGGAAUGUCAGGAACAAGGGAGUUAAUCAGUGAUGAUGACAGACCAAUGUUUGAGAGGAACUCCAGAGACAAAUUCAUCUUAACACUUCCAGACAGUAUUGGAAAGAUCUGGAAGGUUCAGAUCUGGCACAACAAUUCUGGUUCCUCGCCAAGCUGGUAUCUCAGUAGAGUCAUAGUGAAAGACCUUAACAAUGAGCGGAUGUUCUACUUUAUUUCUGAGAAAUGGCUCGCUGUGGAGGAGGAGGAUGGAAAAGUGGAGAGAGAAUUCCUGGCUUUAGACGGGAACCUUGGAUUCAAAACGGUGUUCAUGACCAAAGGUACCCAGUACUUAGCUGACUACCACCUGUGGAUGUCUCCGUUUACUUGUCCCUCCUACAGUCAGUUCACCCGCACCCAGAGGCUGACCUGCUGUCUCACACUCUUCACUGUUUACAUGUGUCUGAAUACCCUGGUCUACCACUACACCCACAAAGAGUAUCGUGGUGAGUUUGGCCUACUUGACCUCUCCUGGAGCAGUAUAGCUAUAGGGACAGUGUGCUGUCUAGUAGCUCUCCCUCUUAAUCUUCUCUUAUCCUUCCUCUUCAGAAGAAGCAAGUUAGUUCCAACUGACAAUAGUAAGGCGUCUUCAUCAGAAGAUAAGGAUGAGGACGCGUAUCCCAGCGGGAAACCCAACGAGAACUCCCAGGAGGAGGAGACUGAUACGUCAGCGGAAGUCGUACAGCCAAUCAUGACGUACUCCAUACUGGACCAGUCUAUACUUAACUGGCCAGCCAUUCAGGGCUGGGCACAGAAACAGUGGAUAAAACGGCAGCAUACAACAAUAAAGGAAUGUCCCUCUUCAACAACAGACACCUUACUCAACAGAUUGAUAAGUUCAGAGACAGAUAUGGCAUCCAGUGGGUUUGAGGACUCGAACAGCACAGAUCCGCGUCCUCAGAUGACCAGUAGCUCAACUGCCAGCAACUCACCAGCCAGCAGCAUAAAAAACAAAGCAUCAUCAGAAAGCAGUCAGAUCACCACUAAAUGUCCAGCACCUUCUAAGAAGAAUCCCAGCUCGCGUCUGUUGUUGCCCACGUGGAUGAAGUACGUAGCCUGGUGUUUAUGUGGCAUUGUUAUCGUCUGCUCAGCUCUCCUAACUGUGUGGAUUGGUUUCCGGUUUGAUGAGGUUCGCAGUGUCCUGUGGCUACAGUCCCUUUACAUCAGUGUCUUGGUCUGUGUUUUCCUUGUCCAUCCAACCAUCAUUUUCUGUGCCGUUCUGUACACUGCCGUCAGGUAUCGUUGUGAACCUACUACACUGGACCAUUAUGAAGAGUCGUUUUUCGGGGAAACUGCAGAAAAGGAAAUUCUGCGUCGGAAGAAGGAACAGUCGUGUGAAAAUGGGAGCGAGGCCGAGGAGCUGGAAAAGGCUGUGGCUGCCCGUCAGAGAUCUAGGUAUUUACGAUUUGCCAGACCUCCACAAGAAAAACAGCUGAUUGAAGCCCGAAAAAACGUCAUGAAAGAAAAGAAAUCCAUUGCAAUUCUCCUAGACAUGGCCUCCCUGGUGGUAACAUUUCUAAUUGUCUCUGUGAUGGCUUAUGGUAAAGAUAUACAACCAGAAUAUCAGCUGAACAAAGCUGUGUACAACCACUUCAUUAGAGAAGGCAGCCCAAAUUUUGCUUCCAUUAAGAAUAGACUCGACUGGUAUGAAUGGACAUCAACAACUCUGAUAGACAAAAUAUAUAUAGGCAACUCAAGAGAGAAACAGAAACCAGUUCUAAAAGGAACUAGUUAUAUAAUUGGAGAUGUGCAAUUAAGGAAGGUUAAAGAGGAUGAGAGAGGGUGUGUUGACAUGAGUUCACUCCCUUAUAUCUCUCUUAAGUGUCGAAAGUUUUCAUCAUCACUUGUACACAAUCAAGAUAAUGGAACCUUUAGAGGUAAAACGUCACCUUACCUGUUGUUUGGGCGCCAUGGUAUCUAUGACAACUCAGGAUACGUUCUUAAGUUGGAUCACUCAAGACAUCAAGCUAUGAAUCAAAUACGGAAUUUAAUCACUGCAAACUGGAUUGACGAUUAUACUAAAGCAAUAUUCAUUGAAUUCACCCUGUUCCACCCUCCUUCCAGUCUUUUUACAUCUGUUAUCAUGAUUCUAGAAAUACCAGAUACAGGCCGAGUGUUUCCGAGCAACAGUAUCAGCUCCACCUAUGUAUAUAGAUAUACUUCAAGGACAGACCACUUUGUCUUGUUUUGCGAGGUGAUAUUCAUCUUAAUAACCGUCUGGCGAUUGAAGAUGGUAGUAUGUCAAGCUAUUAAGCUCCGUUCACUCUUCCUUCAAUGUGGCUGGGAAAUCCUUCAGGGUAUCCUUUGUAUGGUGUCUGUGGCUUACAUAGGAUGUAAUGUUUACAGAUUCUUUCUCGUGUCAGAAGUUGUAGAGUUACAACAGAGAACUUAUAAUGAAGAGUUUGUAGAUGUUUCCUUCAUCACGUUCUGGGACGAGAUGCUGCGCUGUAUGGUGGGUUUCAUCAUGUUUAUCGUCAUUUUACAAUCCCUGCGUCUUCUCCGCUACGAACGGAUGUUCCUCCUGUUUGGUAAAAUCUACAGUCGGGCUCACAAAGAGCUCAAACUCCUAGCGGUUCUGCUGAUAAUCUUAUUACUGGCAUUCGCUUCCCUUGGCCAUGCCUUAUUUCGGGCCUUCUUUCUUGGUUUCAUGGACUUCUGGAGCAGCAUUUUCACUGUUUCUGCCAUAUUUUCUGGGCGAUAUAUCGACUUGACGUCAGAACCCUCGCUAAUUCAUGCUUCCCGGAUUUUCCUCUUAUUCAGCACAGUCUUAAGCCUUGGUCUAGGAACAGCAUAUGUUGUUGUUUUUCUUACGUACCGCUUUCAUGUUAACAAAAGACGACAACAUAAAAUGUCGGCUCUUUGCUGCCCAGAAACCUUCGCAUAUUAUUGGCGCAUGCUCCGUCAGUUGUCAGGAUGGUCGACCUCUGAUGUAAACAGUGAACCAGAAAUAGAACCUGAUAAUACUCUUCCACCUGAAUUCACAAUGGCUGAGGUAGAAUACCAAGUAGAUGAACUCUUCUUCAGGAUCUCUGGUUUAUCUGGAUCACACGGUCUACCAGAGAAGCCCAACAACUAUUUCACAGACUCGGAUGGAACUUAUACAGCAGGGGAUGAUGGGAUUUCAAGCGGCGGAUCUGAGGUACCUGAUGAGGAGAGACUGGAACAUCGCGUCCAUCAAAUCGAAGACAACCUUUGCUCAGCAGAACCAUACCUAGCCCAGCUACUCAAGAUAGAUAACAUUGGUAUACAGGACCUUUCUAAGGAUCAAGAGAAUCAAAUCAGGUCACAUUUGGAGCUAGAAAUAUUCCGACAACUUCAGAAUCAGAGACAAGAUCCAAUCGAGGAAGGCCUGAAAUCCGGGACUCAAGUUUGUGAUACUGCUAAAGCAAAGCCUCACAAUGCAGACAUGGAUGUAAAUCAAAUGAACCUCAAACCAAAUGCACAUUUUGAAGGCAGUGAUGCGGAACGUCGGUCUGCGGAGGUUAGUUCCUCCAAUCCUGAUUCCCCCGAGUCCACGAAGAACCCCACGACAAAGAAAACAAAACAACGAGACACAUCUCCAGAGAAUAUACAGAACAAGACAAAACCACAGGGAGCAAAGGCAACAAAAAAACCAGAGUUACCGACAAAACCAACAUUUAUAAUGCAUGGUCCAGUACGAGGGGCGUUGUCCAAUGAUGUCCCCAAACCAUCGUUGAUCAGCAGUCCCACUCUACGACAACUCAAAUCAGAUAAAAUUGGUCUCCGCGGGGAGCGGGGUGGCAUAAGAGGUGAAAGUAACAGCGGAAGUAGUAUUACGGAGUCUAGUUCUGGGUCAGAACAGGACGCUAUACAUGGACAUAUGCCCGCCAUUGGAAAACGGAACUUACGUAAGACAAAGUCACGUGGUAAGGGGAAGGGACCCGUUAAUCUGUCGUCAGUUUUGUUAGAUGAAAUAGAAGGUGAACAUCUUCAGACAGACAACAGUGGUAAUACAGAGGAUCAUUUCAUUAUACUCGAGCAUGAUGUAUUGGAAGACGUGGAUGAUGGUGUUGAUUUAGAAUCAUAAACAUGUUCUGUAAUUGAAAGUUGAGCCAAAGGCUGAAAUUUUUGGAUUGAAAUAUCUACUUUAUCUAUUUAUAACCAUCUGUCAGAUCGUUGUGUGUCUGCAAAUUUUUGUUUUUUCUUUUUCAUUUUUUUUUUAAGUUUUCCAUAACUACCGAUCUGAUGUCAACAAUCUUGUUACAAAACAUUGAUUUCAAAAUGAAUUAAAUUCAGUUGACCUAGAAAUGUAAGUUUAUGUUGCGAAAUAUUUACGUUCUGUGAUAUGUUGUGUUGGCAUAUGAGUAUUAUACAAUUUUGUAGCAUUUUUUUUUCAUAUCAACAAUGAUAACUGCUCAUAUAUAAUUAUAUAUAUUAAAUAAAAAUGAUGAACAAG